CGGGUUCUCUGUGCUCGCUGAUGGGUCCUAUCAGAGGAAACAAAAAGAAAAGGAAAAUAGAGUUGAAAAUCGAUAAUGAAAAUGUUUUGGCUUCUGGGUCUUCUGAAGAGGGCUCUAUUGAUUGGUGGGAUGAGUUCUCCAAACGGAUUGCUGGUUCGGUAUCUCCAUCAAAAGGUCUGGACCAAUUCGAGUCGGUGUUCAAGGUUUCAAGAAAGACGUUUAACUAUAUAUGCUCACUAAUAAGUGAGCCGAUGAUGGCCAAAACCACAAACUUUGUGUUCUUGAAUGGCAAAUCAAUGUCUUUAAAUGAUCAAGUAGCUUUGGCUUUGAGACGGUUGAGCUCUGGCGAUUCGUUGAUAGGCGUAGCCAACUUCUUUGGCACGAACCACUCCACCGUCUCCCAGGUCACCUGGCGGUUCGUGGAGACGCUAGAAGAACGUGGGCUCCACCACCUCCAAUGGCCGUCGACCGAACAUGAAAUGACGCAGAUAAAAUCCAAAUUCGAGAAUAUCAGAGGCCUUCCAAAUUGUUGUGGCGCAAUCGAUACCACUCACAUUAUGAUGUUGCUGUCGACAUCGGAACGAACAAUUGACGUCUGGCUCGACCGUAAGGACAACCAUAGUAUGAUCUUGCAGGUGAUUGUGGAUCCCGACAUGAGAUUUCGUGACGUAGUCACGGGAUGGCCCGGGAAAAUGGACGACGCAUCUGUGCUACAGGGAUCGACUUUCUUCGAUCUAGCCGAGAAAGGAGAGCGGCUACAAGGGAAGAAACUAAAGCUUUCGGAAGGAACUGAAGUUCAGGAAUACAUAGUUGGAGACUCAGGUUUUCCUCUACUACCAUGGCUCAUAACUCCGUACCAAGGACGGGACCUACCCGAAACAAAAUCCGAAUUCAACAAACGCCAUUUUGCAACGAGAUUAGUGGCUCAAAGGGCGCUGGCACGGUUGAAAGAUGUAUGGAGGAUGAUUCAAGGCGUGAUGUGGAGACCUGACAAGCAUCGGUUACCGAGAGUUAUUCUGGCGUGUUGUAUCCUUCAUAACAUCGUGAUCGAUAUGGAAGAUGACGUGUUGGAUGAGUUGACUUUCACUCAUCAACACGACUUGGGUUAUCGGCCCGAGGUUUGUGAAACAGCCGACAAGAAUGCAUCGAUCUCGAGGGAUAAGCUCUCGCUUUACUUGUCGGGAAGACUGCCUGCUUGAGAUUACG